AUGGGGGUCGGUGGUGGCGGGGAGGGGCGAGUCGGCGGAAGCAUGUGUGGAAGUGAUGAGCAAGUCUACUCGGAGCGAUUGCUCGUUGGGGAACGACAUGAGUUGUCGUGGGGUCGAGGAGUGACUCGGUCCAAUGUCGAAGGUAAUGGCAAGGUGCGGGGUAGUGAAGAUGACGUUGGAAUGGGGUUAGGCGGAUCCGAAAUUGGAGUGACGUGA